AUGGAAACUCUGGGCGUGCCCGGCCGUCCAUUGCCACCCACCGUCUCUGUCUUGCAAACAUUCUUUGACAACAAUAGUAGACACAUCACCUUUUGGUUCUCUACCCCCGACCAGAUACUUCCCUCCAAGGCAGUCGCGUCCCCGUCCUUGGUCCCUACCGUACUCGCCGCUACAGGAGGAGGCGCAGCGAUCGCAUCGACUGACACCGCUUUGUCCCACUUCCAACCUCCAAUAUCCAACCUCCUCCACGCAAACGCCACGGGCACAGAGGGCCUCCGUAUACUCGCUCACUCGACACGAACCGCCGCAAUGAACGGCAUCAAGACAGACCACGACGUGAAGACGGAACCGGAAGUCGGUUACAUGGACGAUGAGUUCUUCGAAGACACAGGCGAGAUGACGAUUCCUAAGCGUGAGGUGGAGAAGGAGGUUUGGCUCACCCGCAUACCGGAGUGGCUCUACGCUGCUGUCAGCAAGUGGGACGACCUCGCCGAGGGGGGCAACGACGACGACCAGAUCCAAAUCGGCGAGCUACUCGCCUUCACAACCACCAGCGGCAUCGACAAGAGCAAACCCAUGCGCAUGUUCCUCAACGACCGAUGGCGCUCAAAGACCAACCUGCCAUCUGCCUUCCAACUCGACCCCUCGGUACCAUCCCAGAAUGCAGAUGCAAAGGUCACGGAAGCGAUCCUGGGGAAUACCUAUGUCUUUACAGAGAAGGAUCUGCCAGGAUUCCGAGGCACCGGCUAUGGCAUGUACAAUAGAGGUGCAAGGAACAACAGAGGUGGAGUGCAAGACCCCAAUGCCCGCAUCCAGAAGCGGAGCAAGUUCAAGAAGGCUAUCCCCAAGCAGACGGCUCUCGUCGGCCAUGCAACGCGCCAGUAUAAUGCGAUUCCGCUCGAGACCAAAGAGUUCAAAGACUUCAGCGCGCAGCGCAUCAAGCAGGCCAUCCAGGGCUCCUACACGACCACCAUCAUCACAAAGGAUACCGAAGUGACCGACAUCAAGAACCAAAAUCACCUCAACGACAAAUUCAAGAAUUUCAUCAAGCCCAUUGGCAAGCCCAAGUCGCAGCUCAACAAGGCUGCUCGUGUCGCCCGGGCUGAUCUCAUUGAUAUCCUACACUCUUGCUUCGACGAGUACCAGUACUGGCCUAUGAAGGCGCUCAAGGCGCGCACAAAGCAGCCAGAACAGUAUCUCAAGGAGGUCCUUGCAGACAUUGCCCAUCUCGUCAAGUCUGGUUCCUUUGCAAGCACGUGGAAGCGUCAGGACAUAUUUGAUCAGCAGCGUGGGACUAGUGGUCAGGAGCAGGCGGCACCCCAGGCUCCUGGUGGAGAGGGCGAGUCGGAUGGUGAAGAGGAGAUGGAGGAUGUAUUUUAG